AUGGCACCAGCACACAGAGACAACCACCAGCAACUAAUCCACCGACAACCAACAGGCACAGUUGUCCUCCCAUACCUAGGCAAGACAUCGCACCGACUACACCGCAUGCUCACUCAAGCCAACUUCAAAGUUGGACACCCAUCCUCCAAGAAGCUCCACUCAAUCCUGCACUCACACAAGGACAAAAACACUCCCAACAAGCAACCAGGUGUCUACAAAAUACCAUGCGACUGCGGUAAAGUCUACAUUGGGGAAACAGGCCGCAACUUCGACACAAGACUCAAAGAACGCAAGUCCUGCCAACGACCCAGCGACUGGGACAAGUCAGCCAUCGUUAUGCACGCACAACAAGAAGAUCACUGCAUUGACUGGGCAGACAGCAAAGUCGUCACCAACAUCAAGCAUUGGCAUACCAGACGAGUCAGAGAAGCCAUUGAGAUACAGCGACACAACACAGUGCCCCAGAACACGGGACUUCACCUUAACAACAUCUGGCACCCAGUCCUUCACCUAGGCACCAAUCCUUCUCCAUCCACCUAUGCCACACUGACGUGGACAACCAUGCCCGCCACUCUGCCGACGACCAAGCCCACCACACCACUCACAACCCAAGCCGCCGCAUCCCCCACCUGA